AGGUCCCAAAGGUGCUGGACUAGAGAGGUUCAAUCUGUAAUAUUCAGAUUAUAAGGGAUCCCGAUAGGUGUGGGUGUUAGCUUUUUGUUUUUGUGGUUUGUUUUUGUGGUAGGGAGAAGUGAGUUACUUCAAAAAAACAAAGAUUGUAUUAUUAAAUAAAAUAUUGUCCCAAAUGUAAUCUGUUUCAAAUGAUAACUGUGCAGCUGACCAGAUAGAAGAUCAGAGGUAUUAGGUUUAAUAAUGAUUUGUUAAUGUUUGUCCUGUAGAAGUGCAGCCACUGCCUGCCCAGUAAUUAAUACAGUACAUGCCCUGUGAUAAAAGUAAUCAUCAGCCCCAGUAAAUGUCUGCUGCAGAAACACUUAAAUCUAUUUUAGGAGAUGCUUAGUCAUCCUUGCUCUGGGCUCCAACAGGUUUUAGGCAUUUCUAUCCUCUCUUUACCAGUGAAGCCAGGGAGCAACAGUUAAGCAAGAUUUCAGAGGAGCAACAAAGUUAGUUGUAUUAUUUAUAAGAGUGGGGAGAUGUAUUUUGAUAUGUCUUGCUUCUUGAUAAACUGUAAGGAAAUAUUUUGUUAGUCCUUCAAUUCUGUUAGUAACAAUCUGAAUACUUUAAUUAUAUUGGUAAAUCUAACUGUUUUUGCCUUACAGUUGUUUUGUGCUUGCUAAGUGUGCAGUGGGGUGUAUAAGGUUAUCUUUAGUUGUAGGAAAUCUAACAUGGACAGGCCCAUUUCUUUGAAGUGACAGAUUAAAAAUGUUUUUUAAAAACACGUUUCUUUACUGUGUUGAUCACAUACCUAACUCUUCUACCAGUUGUACUAAUUAUUUACUUUUCGCAUGCCACUCAAUCUGGUCAAUGAAAACCUAAUUCACUUUUUUAGGUAUUGUCAGUGAAAUUUUAUUCACCUUAACUUUAUGAUUCUUGUGUGCUAGUUGAAGGUUUUAUUGUUUGGAUUAUAGUGAAAUAACGUUUGCUAAAUAAACAAAAUUUUUCUACUGCAAUAACAUUAAAAAAAACCAUGGAAAUAUUUCAUCUCAUGCUCUCUUGUUAAAGCUUACUUUUCUAGGAUAUAUGUUUUAGAUGUUAUUUGAUCGGAAUGUAAUCUGGAAUAAGUAUGCGCUUUAUAUAAAGGAUGCUCUAGUAUGACUGCUGAAAUGUGGCUUUGUUUGACAGAUUAGAUUAUUGCUGUAGAUACUAUAUUUGUUUUUCGUCAGUUUUAGUUACUAGAAAUAGUUUUCAUGAGUGCCCUAUCCAGGUUUAGCAAAUUUUUAAUCUAAUCCAGUAACUGUAUUAACCAAUAUGUCUUAUUUUUUACAGAUGUAAAACACUGCAUAUAGACGUCUGCUUCUGACAUCAUUACAGACUCUUGAAUACCUACUUUCUUUCAUGGCUGUAUAAUAGGAUGACUUCUGAUAUUAUUAAUGGUCUCAAAUGAACAACUUUUUGGAGUCCUACUGACUUAUCCCAGGGAUGCUCUCAUGGAUAACAUGAAAGUGCCUGAAGGUUUUUCAUAUUUAAUCCAAACUUUUUGUUAUCACUGCAGUCUGGUGAUCUAUCAUGGAAAAGAGUUAAUUUAGUUUUUGGUUCAAUUUAAUUUCCCGAUAACUGCCUUUUUUUAUUCAAUGGCACUAUGAAAACCACUUGGUUUUAGAUUUUUAAUGACAGCACUGUCUUUAAGAUGACAUAUUAAAAUGAGUAAAAGCAAAUUGGAUUCCUUCUGGAAAAAUUUUCUGUAUUGACCCUGUUUAACCAUUCUGUUCAGCUAUUUUUUGAAACAUCCCCCAAAGAGUUAAUGCACUUUGUAUAGGAUACGUGACCUUUUGCAGCUUCAUAAUUCAUAUCUACAUGUCACCAGUGUUUCCCAUGUUAACAGUUCUCAGCAUGUUUUACUAUAUUUGCCUUCGGCGCCGAGCCAGGACAGCUACAAGGGGAGAAAUGAUGACCAGUCGAAGAGCUAUUGAAUCAAACAGUCGAGCCUUAUCUGUCAAUGUUGAAGUAAUCCAGUAUGCCAAAGAAGUGUUGGAUUUCAGUUCUCAUUACGGUAGUGAAAACAGCAUGUCCUACACCAUGUGGAAUUUGGCAGGUAUUCCAAAUGUGUACCCCAGUUCUGGUGACUUUACUCAGACUGCUGUGUUUCGAACUUAUGGAACUUGGUGGGAUCAGUGUCCUAGUGCCCAGUUGCCAUUCAAGAGGACCCCACCUAACUUCUAUAGCCACGACUACGUAGAGCUUGCAUAUGAGGAGCCAGUUUAUCCCACUGCAGUGCAUGUUCUGGAAACAUAUCAUCCUGGGGCUGUUAUUAGGAUUUUGGCUUGUUCUGCAAAUCCCUAUUCCCAAAAUACACCAGCUGAAGUAAGGUGGGAAAUCCUUUGGUCAGAAGCACCUACCAAGGUGAAUUCUCCCCAGGCUCGCCAAUUCACACCUUACAUUAAACAGAUAGAUUUUCCCACAAAUCUAAUUCGACUGGAAAUAAAUAGUUCCCUUCAGGACUAUUAUACUGAAUUAGAUGCAGUAGUACUACAUGGUGUGAAAGAGAGACCUGUACUUUCACUUAAGACUUCAAUGAUAAAUAUGAAUGAUUUGGACGAAGAUGAGGAUGAAGAAAAGAAUGGCUGUGAAAUGGACAGUCUUAAUAAACAGUUCAAUGUUGCAGCUCUCAGGGAAAUGACAACUAAUGGGUAUUUUGAUAAACUGCCUUAUGAGCUUAUUCAGCUGAUUUUGAGUCACCUUACAAUACCAGACCUGUGUAGACUAGCACAGACUUGUAAGCUACUACAUCAGCAUUGCUGUGAUCCUCUCCAAUACAUUCACCUCUGUUUACAACCUUACUGGCCGAAGAUAAAUGAUUCAUCUCUGGAAUACCUACUGUCUCGCUGCACUCUCGUCCAGUGGCUGAAUUUAUCUUGGACAGGAAACAGGGGAGCCAUCUCUGUUUCUGGAUUUAGCAGGUUCCUGAAAGUUUGUGGCUCUGAACUAAUGCGCCUUGAGUUGGCUUGUGGCCAUUUCCUCAAUGAGACUUGCUUGGAGGUCAUUGCUGAUAUGUGUCCAAACCUUCAGGAACUAAAUCUCUCCUCUUGUGAUAAGCUGCCACCUCAGGCUUUCAACCACAUUGCCAAAGUGUGCGGUCUUAAGCGUCUCAUCCUUUAUCGAACAAAAGUAGAGCAAACAGCACUGCUCAGCAUUCUGAACUUUUGUUCAGAGCUUCAGCACCUCAGCCUAGGUAGUUGUGUCAUGAUUGAAGACUAUGACCUGAUAGCAAGUAUGAUGGGAGCAAAGUGCAAAAAACUUCGUACUCUGGAUUUGUGGAGAUGUAAAAACAUUACUGAAAAUGGAUUAGCAGAAUUGGCUUCAGGGUGUCAUCUCUUGGAGGAGCUUGAUCUUGGCUGGUGCCCUACUCUACAAAGCAGUACUGGCUGUUUCACAAGCCUUGCACGUAAACUGCCAAACUUGCAAAAGCUCUUUCUUACAGCCAACAGGUCUGUGUGUGACACCGACAUUGAAGAACUUGCCGCUAACUGUACUCAUCUUCGUCAGUUGGAUAUACUGGGAACAAGGAUGGUAAGCCCUGCAUCUUUAAGAAAACUGUUGGAGUCUUGUAAAGAUCUUUCUUUACUUGAUGUAUCCUUCUGUUCUCAAAUUGAUAAUAGAGUUGUCCUAGAACUGAAUGCCAGCUUUCCUAAUGUGUGCAUAAAAAAGAGUUUCACUCAGUGACUCACUGUGUUUGACAGUGUUGUUUCCUGUGAAUUUGUGAUUACAUUCUUCUUCAGAAAAAGAAAUUAAAAUAUUCCAUAAAAUAGAGGAAAAAUGUUAACUAUAGUCAUGAAAUGAGUACAUAUUAUGUAUUUGGUGGGGAACUCUUAUUAUCCUGUACCAAGUAAUUGUUUUCCCUUUUAUAAUUGAUGGCAUUGCAUGUGUUUAAAUGGCUGCAUAUGUGACCUAAAUUAAAGAAGAAGAAAAACACUUAUUCUUGUUGCCCUUUUAAAGAAAAUUAUGUAUACUAAGAUACAUUAAAAAUCCAUGUGAAAGUGAACCUUUAAUAUUUAGCAAUAGAGAAAUUAUGGGAGUUUCUCUGUCUUUAGUGUUUUAGUUUUGGCCACUGGCAUUAUGUCCUUGUGAUCUAUCUUGUAAUAUGCUGAUUGAAAAAUUGUUUAAGAUAGUGUAAGAUCAGACUAGACUAAAAAGCCACUUUUCCCCCUCCUUUUGUAGACAGUGAUUGGUAUCUAUUUUAAAACUCUGAUGUGUCUGCUGAGAAGUUUUUUUCCUCCUCUUUCAAACGGAUGAAAUGUGGCACAGGCUUACAGUCUGGCUUAAAUGACAUAACAUAAAUACAAAACCCCACCAUAUGAGUUUAUAGUAGAAACUAAAAAGAAUGAAAAUUACCUUGCUUCUUCCUGUACUGAAUAUAAAUUUUGUGUCAUGUACUUAUUGUCACAACUGAUAAUGCAUAGAAAACCCAAAAGUAAUUUUCUUUUCAAAUUUAUAUUAUUUCAAGCUAUGUUGACUUGUGGAACAUCUGCCUUUCAUAUGAAGUACAAUGAUGAUGUUACUCACAAUAAUGUAUUAGAAUCCCUUCCUUAGUUGGGUGCAUACCUACUAUCAAAUUUAAAAACAAAUAUUUGAUGUUCGGUAAAAUCAUGAUGAUCAUGCUGGGUUUGUAAACCAAAGGCAAUGUGAUUUGGCUGUGUGCUAACUUAUUCUGAGAUGUUUUUGCACCAAAAGAGGUAAUUAUCUUUGGUAAUCUAUACUCUCUUAACUGUUGUUAAUUUUUUGGAGGAGAGAGAUGAUGAUGUCAAUCAAUGAAUGUUUUUUUCCCUACUUUUUGCACUUAUCUGAAUGAAACAUCCUUUCCUCCGUAUUGUGGAUUGGUAUUUACAGCAUGUACUCAUAAUUAUGUAACCUUGCCUCUUUAGACACUAAUAGUGAAUACAGACCACCAGACACAAUCUCUCAUUUGGGAUCAGCUCCAUUAUUGUCACCUUUCUAGCAGAUGCUGACCAAUGUUUCAUCUUGGGAAAGUAAGCAUAACACUUUGCAUGGCUGAACACCAUUGCUAUAAAGAAGAUCAUCAGCAAAGAAAUUCAAUUUGAUGAAGUAAAUAGCUGUCCACUGAAAGAGAAGUGCCUUGGAGCAGCAAUGAACUAGUGACCUCCAUGGACCUAAAUUAGUAUUUCUGAACUCUUUAUACCAAUGCCAAUGCUUUAUAAAUCAUUUAGUAAAACAAGCCAAAUUUCUCUGAUUUUAUAAACCACCAUUCUGAUUUAAAAUGUACAGAAUAUUGUAGGAAAUCUCAAUCCAAAUAUGUGUCAUUCACAUACAGAUGUUACCAUGUGAUUUACAGCUAGGAGCCAUUCCAUUGUCUUUCAGAAUACUGUGCUACUUAGACAUGUUUCAAUCUAGACAUAUCUGUUUACCUGACAGAUGUGUGCCCUAGAGUUAUUCUGUGCAAGAUAUCAUGUUAUUUUGGCAGUGGUCAUUUCUUUAAAUAAAUUUUAAACUUAUUUUAAUAUAAAGUAUUUACAAUGUAUUUUAUAAUGUCUAAUGUAUAAUGCAAACUUAUUUUAAUAUAAUGUAUUCACAAGUGUAUUCAUUGUAAAUGAGAAUUAAACAUUUAUGUCCCAGUUACAGGAGAACUUAAGUUUACAUUAUGGGUGUUUACAGAUAUUGAUGUUUUAAAAUAAGUAUUGUUUUUGUUGUAAAAUUUCACUCCUCAGGGUGCAUAUAAAUUUUUACUUUUUUUUAAUUUUUUUUUAAGUAAUGGUUCUUGGCUUACGUUUAUAAUUGUAAAUAGAAUUGGAUUUAUUUACUAUAGAAGUAGUGGUAUAUUUUAUGCCUGCCAAAGUAUUAAAGUGGGCAAAUAGUAUAAUCUUACUUAUGCACGUAAGAAUAAUGUAAAGGUGGAAGGUGAUAGGUUUUUUGUUUUCGGUGGUUUUUUUGUGGGGUUUUUUUGUUGUUGUUGUUUUUGCUUUAUUAUGAAGUAUAACAAAGGUCUGAUUUGAUUUUUGUUUUGUUUCUAUUCUGUUUAAAUGAUAUAUUUCUAUUUGACUCUUACAUUCAAAUCACAGUUUUUGUCUGGAACACUCUGUAGUGACUGAAGAUCUCUUUGAAUUAUGUUAUCAUAUUUUCUGGUUGAAGUGUAACCUAAUUAAUUACAGGGAAAUGUUUUUGUUCAGACUGUUUGAAAUUUGAGUUUCUUAACAUGUAUUUAACUUAAAAAAUUGUGAAAUACCUGUGAUAAAAGGACAUCUUUGUUUACAAUUUGAUACCCUGGCCCUUUACUUAAUGGCUGAAGCACUUUUUUUUUUAUUAUCUCCAAGAAGUCUUCCAGCAAAAAGAGAGCAGACCAGGCUUGACAUUCCUGGUAUUUCUAAGGUAAAAGGUGGGUGGAAAAAAACCCACUUUCAGGCCUUCCUUAGACAUCAUAAAGAAAAAAUAGGCUACAAUUUCAAUUUUAAUUUAUGUUACUUCUUAGAAUUUUAUUAUCAAUCAUCUUAUUCAAAGAUAUUCAGCAGAUUUUUAUUUUAGAAUAUUUCUGAAAUACUGAAAUUGGGUAUAUAGCCUGCUAAAGCCUUUCAACCAGCUAACUGCUGACAGCAAUCUAAGAAUUACUAUUAUAGUGUCACACUUGAGUCAUAAUAGUUAACAGUCAGCAUUUCCAUUGUAAACCAUUAUUUCUUGUACACUUGGGGACUGGAAUACAGCUGGAAUUCCUCUCUAUCCACAAAUCUGGAUCAACCUGGUCAACAGUUGUGCAGACCUUUCCAUAUUAUUCGCCAGUGUGCUUCAGUGUGUGUCUACAUGAAAUAGUUAUUUCAAAACAUUCCAGAAGAUAUUUCCAACCUUUCAGCUAAGUUAAAGACCCAUGCAACCAAGUGGACAUGCAGACGUUUGUAAAAUGUAGGGAUGUUAAGAAGCAUGUCAAUUGUGUAGUCAACAAAAUUUUAGUUGACUAUACGAUUAAUCGA